AUGCCCCAGAAGAACUCACCGGUAAUAGUACAAUACGGUCCAUAUGAGUCGUGUGGUAUCGUCGAGCACAGAACAUGUCGCCUGGACGGUUUACAAGCUGCCCUGAAAGCAGACGGUCACCAGUGUGUCCUGGAGGAAACAGAUGACUGGACUACAGUGAAGCUUAUUGUGAAUGGAGAGUGUGUCUAUACGUGCAGCAUUGCUGACCUGGAGUUUGGGGGUGAUGGACGACUUGAUCCGCUGUGCCACCAAGCCAUUGACGCAGUGAGGGACGCGUACUGAAUCUGAUGCUUUUCGAACUCUACACCU